AGUGUUACUAUUGUCAUGUAUCUGUUUGUUAUUACAGUAUCAUCAUAGACUUUGUUAUUGUUUGUGAUUGUGUGAAAUGCAUACUUUUUUAUGGUUAUCAAAACAAUAUAACUGUCUUUGUUACCAUUAGGAGUCUAGUACUUCGGUGUUAUUCAGUAUUAUUAUUACUGUUAUAUAUACCAAUACUUUCAUUUAUGCUUUCUUGCAAACACACCCACAUCAAAAUAUCAGAUGUUUAAUUAUAGUGCUCUAAGUAGGGCAGUUACAUCAUUUUGAGUUAUCAACACUGCGAUAAGAAUGUUAGGCGGUCCACUUAUCAAAUUAAUUUCCUCUGAUACAGCAAGACACUCAUUAUUCUGUUUUUGGACUCACACAGUAGGUUGAGCUUUGGCACAUUAGACUAAGGCUGCUUUUGCCUUAUGAGUUUAUUUUUAUAUGUGUUGCGAAUACCACCACUGGUUUGUUUUGGUACUUGAUGCUUAUCUUUACUUGUUUUUUUGCAUUGUUUGCCCAGAUUUUGCUUAUUGAUACAGGGAUUUUGCUGUUGGGUUUGAUGAGAGAGGGGGAAAGAAAGAAACAAAGAAAAUAAAGAAAGAGGAGGGGGUGCUGAGAAAGAGACAAAAACUGAGAAAGAAGAGAGAAAAAAAAAGGGAGAAUGAGACUGCCUCCUGCCUUGACAAACGAAAGAAACUAAGAGCAACACCGUUUUUUUUUUUUUUUGGACAACACGUGAUAUCCUUUUUUGAUAAGGAAAUGCCACUUGUUAUAUAUUGGUUGUAUCUUCAUAGGGCAGUUCUUACACAUCCUGGCAUUCAAAGUAAAAGCAUAUUGUGCUGUCUUCCUUUGUUUAAGAAAUUGGUGAGAACUUUUUAUAAAUAGAUGAAGUAAGAAUUUUGUAAGACUACAGAUUCAGUGAGGCUUGUGAAAUGAAAGAGCUAAGAAUUUCAGGGGAUGCUGUUUGACAUUUAACACAGAAUAAGUGUUCAGUGAUAUCAUUUACACUUACGAAUUGCUCCUCACUGCUAUGGGGUCAUCACUGAUAACUUUUACUGAUAUAAAAAAAGAAAAAAGGAGAAGAAAAAGCAUUUAAAACUGGUGGCUCUUUUUACAGGUCUAUUACUCCACCACGGAGCUCCAUGACCCCGGCGAGUCCUCUGACAUGGAUGCCGAGCUCAUAGCGGACCAUCAUGACAUAGCCAUGGAUGACCUGAAUGGCCAGCCUCUCAAUGAUACACGGAAGACUCCCCUUCAUCCUGAUCUGUUCCUGGAAGAUGGAGUCUCCAGCAUUGACUACGUUUUGGUCUCGAAGGAAAUUGAGACGGAGGACCAGUCGGAGAAUGAGGAGAGACGGGAAACCUUUGAGAACAAUCUGAGAAAAGAAGGUUUAAUCUUGGAAGUUGAUUGUGUUGAAGAUGUUCCCCUUAGAUUUGUCAAAAUUCAUGCUCCCUUCGAGGUUUGCACAAGAUAUGCUGAGAUCCUAAAACUGCGAAUGCCAAUGAGAGAGUGCGACCCAGAAUUAAAGAAGAACUUUCUAGCAAAGGCAGGGGAGUUAUUUCAAGAAUUGUUUCCUGGCCUGCCCGCUCUGGAAUUCACUCCUCCUGCUGUUUUCCAAGACAUGACAGAUUGUGUCAGCAAAAUAUUCAACUUCGUGAGGCUUGACCGGAAUGUUUUCCCACCCAAGAACAGACACUUCACAGCCGUUUAUUCUAGAGAUAAAGAAUAUUUGUUUGAUGUGACAGAGGAGUUCUUCACAGCAGCAGUUCGGGCUCGUAUCAUUGACUUUAUAUUGAGAAGAAAAAAGUUCAAUGAUUCAGAGAAUGACGAUUUUGCUUUUGGCAUUGAGAAGAUGCUGAGCGAAUCUACAUAUGAGGCUGCAUAUCCCAUUCAUGAGGGUGACCUUCACGUGGAAGGAAACGAUCGUGCGCUCCUAUUCAAAAAUUGGGCUGCCCUUCGCAACUUUUACAAAUACCAGCCUUUGGAUUACAUCAAGGAUUAUUUCGGAGUCAAGAUUGGCCUCUACUUUGCAUGGCUGGGAUUUUACACAUACAUGUUGAUUCCAGCAUCCAUUGUGGGUCUUCUCUGCUUCAUCUAUGCUGUCUCGACCAUUAACGAUCACUUGCCAAGCAAAGACAUCUGCAACAAGAACCUGAACAUCUACAUGUGCCCUUUGUGUGACAAGUUCUGUGACUUUUGGAAGCUGGACGGUUUCUGUUUCCAUGCCAAAUUCACCUAUCUUGUUGACAAUCCAUCCACAAUUUUUUUUACUGCUUUCAUGUCUCUUUGGGCGGCUCUCUUCCUAGAGAUGUGGAAACGGUACUCCGCAGAAAUCACCCAUCGGUGGGACUUGACGGGCUUUGACAUUCAGGAAGAGCACCCAAGACCUCAGUACCUGGCCAGACUAGCGCACAUAAAGAAAAAGACGGUUAACAUUGUCACGAAAACUGUGGAGCCGAAACCCCCUUUCUGGAAAAUGAGAUUCCCGGGAAUCAUGAUCAGUUUGUCGUCGGUUGUUUUACUGGUAAUAAUGGCGCUGGUGGCUGUUAUUGCUGUCAUUCUAUACCGCAUGGCUGUACUGGCAGCCCUGGCCAUCCAUGGGGAGUCGGUCAUCACUUCCUAUGCCAUCAUCUUCACGUCAACCACGGCUGCCUUCAUCAACUUGAUUUGCAUCAUGAUAUUCAACCAGAUAUAUGCUCGUGUUGCUGAAAGACUGACAGAACUGGAGCUGCAACGGACUCAGACAGAAUUUGAUGAUUCACUGACACUCAAGAUCUACAUGCUGCAGUUCAUCAACUACUAUUCAUCGAUCUUCUACAUAGCCUUCUUCAAAGGAAAAAUGGUGGGCUAUCCAGGGAAAUAUAACCGUGUUUUCGGAUCAAGACAAGAGGAGUGUUCCCCCGGUGGCUGCUUGCUCGAGCUCUCCGUCCAGCUGGCCAUCAUCAUGGUGGGCAAGCAGGCAAUGAACACGUGCAUGGAGAUGGUGAUCCCCAUGCUGUGGAAGUGGUACAACAUGCUCACCGUCCCCGAGAGCCAGAGGGAAGCCCACAACCGCUGGCCGCGCUGGGCAAAGGACUUCCGGCUGGUCAACUUCGAUCCGAGAGGACUCUUCCCCGAGUACUUGGAGAUGGUGCUGCAGUAUGGAUUUGUCACCAUUUUUGUGUCCUCCUUUCCCCUGGCUCCUCUGUUUGCCUUCCUCAACAACAUCUUCGAGAUGCGUUUGGAUGCCAAGAAGCUGUUGACACACUUCCGACGCCCCAUCUCUCAGCGCGUCAAAGACAUUGGCAUCUGGUUCAAGAUCCUGGACUCCAUUGGGAAGUUGGCGGUCAUAACAAAUGCUUUCAUCAUAGCCUUCACAUCGAACUUCAUCCCUGAGCUGGUGUACCGCCACGUAGUCUCGAAGAAUGGUACUCUAGAAGGCUUCCUCAACCACUCACUGGCUACUUUUAAUGUCAGCGACUAUCACAUAGAUUACAAAGUCAAUGACACGGCAGGCAUAGAUCAGUGCAGGUAUUCAGAUUACCGAAACCCGCCUGGGACAGCAGACAGUUACGAUUAUGCACCAAUCUUUUGGCACAUUCUAGCUGCAAGAUUAGCCUUUGUAGUUGUAUUUGAGAAUGUUGUAUGUGUCAUCAUCCUGUUUAUCAAAUGGAUCAUCCCAGAUAUGCCAUACCGUCUGCAGGAACAAAUUCGAAGGGAAGCGUACGUGACCAAUGAACUGAUUGUUGAACAGGAGCUGCGGAGAGCAAGAGAAGUAAACACCACAGCCAGCUCCUCUCCGCGCUCCCCCCUGAGGCGCCAGUACUCAGAGCCAGCAAGGAACAGAAAUGUUCAGGAUGUGCGCUUUAGGAUCGGUAACAAUAAGGAUGACUUUGCCACCAACGUGUAGGAUUUUACAGGAAUUUUAAAAGUGCCUGCAUCCUUAUGAAAGGCUUAUAUUUGUUCAGUUACUUCUAUGUUCUUUCACUUAAUUUUUAUUAAUUUAUUUUUUUUUAUUUUUUAUUUAUUUAUUUUUUUAUUUUUUUUUAUUUUUUUUUUUCUGAAGCAGGUCAGUUACUUAAAUAGUCCUUCCAUUGUUUUUCUGGCACACAUUCAAUGUACAACAUAACACAAUACAAAUACAGAGAUUACAAUAGUUUUAGUGCGAUGCAGCUGUCCACUAAGAUACACAUGUAUGCAGGGAGGACCUCUCAGUCAUCUUCCUGACUUUUUUUUUUUUCUAGAUAGAGGAUUCGUGAUUGAAGUCAGCAGAAGAUGAAGGACUUAUUGGUGAUACUGGAUACUUAAAGAGGUAUUUAGGUUGUAUGCGUAAAAUAUGUGGACUUGCAGAUAAUACCUGCAGUUUACUUUCGUGUCUGUUAAAAGGAAAGCCCAUGCUACAGUAAAGGAAUUUUGAACAUGUAUGUGUUACAUUUCUGGGUAACGUGGUGUGUAUUACAUUAUUUUAUUUCUGUGGAAAAGGAAUAUUGCUACACCUGUUUUAAUGAUCUGGUCAGUCUCUUAAAAGUGAUUUUAUUGGAUACUAAUAUGUAAUUGAUGUUUCAAAAAAAAUUUAUGUAAAUAAUUGUGAUAAGGCAUUCAAUUUUCAGUCAUGUUAACACUUUUGUAAAUGUUAACUGUGUCUUUGUUUCUGGAGCCUAAUUGCUAGUCAAUUUGGUGGUCUUUUUUUAUAUAGCUGUCUAACUUUAUGCAAAGGAAAGAUCUUAUCUAUCACUAAACAUACAUGCAUAUCUCUUUAUAUGUAUGUCUCACUCCUCUCCUCUCUCAGAUGUUUUUCCAUCUAACAUUUUCCAUGUGCUCAUGAAAAGUCAGAUCACCUCAUACUCAGAUUUAAAAGGAUCAAGGACACUUUUGUCUGGGGAAAAGAAGGCCCUCCUUGGAAGCUUUGCAGUUAGUGUUAAAAUUUGAACUAUUAGCUUAGACAUCCUUCUUUAAGAAAAUGUUUAGUUUCUUUCUCACUGUCACCCUGGAAAUUCUGGAGGGACACAUGGAAAUUAAAUGCUGUAUCAGUGCACUCUCAGACAUGGAAUCAUCCAGAGUCAAAAUCCAUGUAGACAUAAGUGACAUGUCCUUAGAGGAACAUGUUUACUAAGCCAUAGGAAGAUGCAGUAGGGUGGCCAGUUUCUUUUCACCCAAACUUUAACGCCAUCAGCUGAUGCUUGAAUUCUCUCACAGCUGGGAGGAGCAUGGCCAGCUAGGAACUGAGGACCUUGCAGUUGUAAUGCCAGUGUUCUACCUCUAAGCUACACCAUCUCCACAAAAUUACUAGUGGAAUAGGUAAAGAUGUAUUGAUAAUUAGGAAUAGUUUUAAGCAAAAUUAGUAUGAUUCUCCCCAACACUCUUUCCUGUUCAUGUGCCUUAAGUUGUUUGAGUUUUUCCCUCCCGAAUAAAGAUAAGCAUAUUGUAAAUCAUUCGUUUAUAUGGAGAGUGAAGUGAAAUGAUUGUUGAUUGUGAGAUUUCGUCCAAAAGGAGGAUCUAGUCGUUUGUUGUUUGGAGGAAAGUUUUUUUUGGCUUUGUAUCCUAAAUGUUGCAUGAGGAGUUUUUUAAAAGUCUGAUACCAACCUUAAAGGAAAAAAUGAGAGGUCAAGGUAUAUUUUUUGAUGUUGCAGUUAUCAGAGAGCACCUAGUUAGUAUAUGUAUGACAAGUUCUAGAGUAUAGCUUAGUCAAAAAAUGGUUUGGAUCAUUAAUACUUUAAUAAGUGGAACAAGAACUGCUGGGUAUUUCUGAUGCAUGGAGAAGUGACUGAUUUUUAUGUUUGGGUUUGUUGGAUGUUUUAUCAAUUUAAAUAGACGUUUCAGCAUUUGAGUUCAACUUCAGUGGGGGAAUUCAGCACAUCGAUUGAUUUUUUAAUUAUUACCGGUAAUUGAGGGUGAUAUUGAGAAUACAGAUUUCAUUUCAUUAGCAUUAGAUUUAACAGUGUUUUAAACCUCAAAGGUUAUGAUAUAGGUAGGAAGAUUGUUCUCUCCUGAGUUCCAGAAAAUUAACAAAAUUUGCAUUUUCUAGUUCUUGUAGAUUCUUUGCAUUGUUCUUGCAUUUUCUCAGGGUGUCUUAUCCUAGAUGAUGUGGCAGUUGAUUUUCAUUUGGGAAAUCAGAGGGAAAAAAUAUGUUUCAGCAGAUGAUAUGGAUCAAUGUUAGUUGCUCUUAUAGGCUAGUAUAAUUAAAAGAACAUUUUAUAAGAAGAAGGAUAGUUUCCUUAACUGUAUAGAUUUUGCAAUGUUUUUACAUCUAUAUUCACAAACUGAUGUAAGUGUGAGAGGCUAGGAAUUUUAGCAUUGACUUCAUGUGAAGUUCAUCACUACCUGCGAAAAGCUUUUUUUUCUUUCUUUCUUUCUUUCUUUUUUUCUUCUAAUUCUCUCUUGUUUCCUUUAUUUUUCCUUCUUUCCAGCUCACAUAGAUUUACUUAAGAGAUAUAAGCCAGGCCCAAGUAAGCCACAGAACUACUAAGGUCAUUUAAAAUCAUAUUCACUCUUGGAUGGGCAGUCACUACAAACCUUUCCAGCUCAUUUAUAUAGUGUUAUUUCAGAUCAUGAUGUCUUUGUAGUAGAAAUAUUAUGAACAAAAAAGGAAGCAAGUAUAAGAAAGAAUAUUGUUGCAUGGCUAUGAUCUCGGAAGACACCUACACACUUUUUUAAAGACCAGAUGGUAUGGUUGGUCUUGGAAGGGUCGGUCUAAUGAGGAGUUUUUUUUAAUUGAUUUUAUUACUAGUUUCAUUGAUGAUAUUAUUGUCAGGAAGAACAUUUGUUUAAUUUUCUGUUAUUUUAUCCAUGUUUAGUGUUUUUUUUCAUUAUUAUUAUUAUCAUGUCUUAAGAUUUUGAUUCUUAGAAUAUCAUAAUAAAUUAAAAAAAAAAAAAAAAUACUGAAUCGGUGCACUUAACAUUGAUUUUAAGUGUAGAUACAAAAGAACCAAAGCUUUCUUUUCCCAUGUGAUUGUUUUUGUUUAUUUAUUCACAUAAUGUAAAGUUUUAGGUUAUGCAAACAUGUUUGUUUAGCUAACCACUUCUAUAACUAACCCCAUUUAGCUUGCAUAGUUACUAUAUACCAAAUUUUUAAAACAUUUAUGCUGGAUUACUGUUUUGCUCAAUUUGUCAUGAUAUGCUUUGCCUAAGGGACAUUGAAUUUUGGGCUUAGAACAGCAUUUGCAAGUAAUAUGUUUAUAGUAAAAUAUUACGGCUAUUGUUGCCUACUACUGCUGCUAUUACUAUUAUGAUGAUGAAAAAAAAAAAACUUCCUGGACUCUAGUCAGUUAUUUUUAAACUGAAUGGUGCAUAUUUAAGUUAAUGCAAUAGUUCAUGUAGCUAUUGUUCUUCACUCUUUCUGUCUAUUUCCUUUUCUUCUCCUUACUCUUUUUCCUUUAAUCUUUUUCCUCCCUUUCUUUCUUUUUUCUUUCCCUUUGCUUUCCCCCCCCCCUUUUUUCUUUCCUUUCUUUUCAUUUUUUCUUUCCUUUAUUUUUUUUUAGAAGUAAAGAAAAUUACUCUGUUAACAUGUUAAUUUUUUAGAUAAGCUUUUUUUUUUUUAUACGAAAAGAUAGGUCUUAUCAUGCUUUACUCGGAAUGGUUCAUCUUUUUUAUGGAAGUGAUAAAGUGAAUGUACAUCAAGCUUUGUAAUGUUUAAGUCACAUUGUAUAAAUAAGGUUUGAGCUUCCAUGGUUUUGCUUUUUUUUUUACAAGCUUUACUUUUUUAUGCUUAUGUAACUACGCUAUUGCCCUUCACUUGGGACUUAACUUUUGUGUUCACUUGAUGUUAUUGAUUUUUGUUUCUGUCUUAAGCCUGACGAAUUAUUAGUAGUAAAUUAUUUAACUUCUAUUUUGUUACCACAUUUCCCAGAUAAUUUGCUCAGUCAAUUCAGUUUGUAAAGAGAUCUGCAGCUUAUAUUUCUCAGAGUGGGUUUUUAUGCCUCGUACAUGUGAUUAUUAGCACAAACAGCUGGUUCUUGGUUUGUGGACUCGAAUGGCUGUUGUAGAUAUAGGCUAAGUGGAAAAGAAAACGAGGAAGGUGUAUUUAACAUUUUCGUAGCGAAUGAAAGACUUAAGGACAUUGCUAUUGUAUGUAACGUUUAAAAGUAUUUAUGGUGUUGUUGAUCAUCAGAUGGUUAUUUAUUAAAGAUUUUCACAGAUAUUUAAAGAGGAAAUGAUUUGCAAGAUUUACAAUAUAAAUUUCUCGGAAUGUUAAGAAUCUCUCUGUUGGUGUUUAUAUCUUUUGAUAUCUCUCAUACCUUAUCCAUGCAAUGCUGCAACAUUCAUUGAAAGAUCAGGCCAGUGGAAGAAUGAACAGGAAGGAUAAUUUCAUCCCUGUCAUGAUAUUGUUAUAAAGUCCUACUGUUCUUGGUAGAGGGAAGGAAACAGUCCCAAGUGAUUUUGAGCAGUGCUUUAGAGAUCAAUUAUAAGGGCAGUCUGAUAUUAAGCUUCU